AUGGCCGAAGAAGAGCUGGGGUUGCUGCUGGGCGGCAAGGGCUGCCCCGUCCCGGAGGAGUACGACGCCGGGCCCCCGCCGCCUCUCCAGCCCGCCCGCCUGCGGAGGAACACCUGCUACGUCGUGAUGGCGGUGCUGCUGAACCAGGAGAACGAGGUGCUGGUGAUGCAGGAGGCGAAGCCGGAGUGCCACGGGGCGUGGUACCUGCCCGCAGGGCGGAUGGAGCCCCGGGAGACCAUCGCGGAGGCCAUGCAGCGGGAGGUGAAGGAGGAGACAGGCCUGGAGUGCCAGCCGCUCACCCUGCUGGCCGUCGAGGAGCGGGGGCCCUCCUGGCUGCGCUUCGUCUUCCUGGCAAGACCCACUGGUGGCACCCUGAAAGGCCUGAAGGAUGCAGAUGCAGAAUCGCUGCAAGCCCAAUGGUGGGACCGGAAGUCUCCUGCACUGCCGUUACGAUCCCAGGAUAUUGUGCCCUUAAUGGAUCUUGCUCUGCAGUAUCAAGCCAACCCAGGUCACCCACCUACGCUGCCUGCGGAACUGCCUUGUGCUGUGAUCUGCCAGCGGCUGCUGGCCGUGUUUUCUAACAGUAGAGGUGCUCUGUGGGUGCUCCUGGGUGGAGCGAGAUCUCACUUGCCUGUGUCUGUGAAUAGUAUGUCUCCAUCAGCGCUGGGCAAUGGACUUCUGGCGGCCGUUCAUCGGCUGCUCCAGGAGUGCCUGCCACCCCCUGCCGUGGUGGUACAGGUUCAGGGCUUGCUUGGCCUACAGCACCUAGGCAAGGAACCAGGCCAAAGCGAUGGCAUCUGCUUCAACACAGUAGUGACAAUUGGGGACACUGGCCAGUUCUCAAAGGAGAAACCACCGGAGUUGCAGAGCAAGGCCUUCCGGUGGUGGAAGGUUGAGGAUGAGGACCUGAAGAACAGAGUCCUCCAGAGGCUCAGCACAUCAUCUUUUAUCCCUAUUCACAGUUAG